CUCCCUGAGGACAAGGGCUGGGUCUGCCUUGGUCUCUGCUGUGCCUGUAGAUCUGGCCCAGGCCCAACACGUGGCGCGAGGGGGAUGUGAAAGCCCAAAAUGACCCUCCUACCGGGAGACAACUCCGAUUACGACUACAGCGCCUUGAGCUGCGCUUCGGACGCCUCCUUCCACCCGGCCUUCUUCCCGCAGGGCCAGUCCCUCAAGGGCGUGUUCUACCGCCGGGCGCAGCGGCUGCGGCCCCGGCCCCGGCCCCAGGACGCGCCCCGCCAGGCCGGCCAGCCCGAGGACCGGCGGCGGCAGAUCAUCAUCAACGUGGGCGGCAUCAAGUACUCGCUGCCCUGGACCACGCUCGAGGAGUUCCCGCUGACGCGCCUGGGCCAGCUCAAGGCCUGCACCAACUUCGACGACAUCCUCAACGUGUGUGACGACUACGACGUGACCUGCAACGAGUUCUUCUUCGACCGCCACCCGGGGGCCUUUGGCACCAUCCUGACCUUCCUGCGGGCGGGCAAGCUGCGCCUGUUGCGCGAGAUGUGCGCCCUGUCCUUCCAGGAGGAGCUGCUCUACUGGGGCAUCGCCGAGGACCGCCUGGACGGCUGCUGCAAGCGCCGCUACCUGCAGAAGAUCGAGGAGUUCGCCGACGUGGUGGAGCGGGACGACGAUGAGCCGCCGUCCAGCGAGGACCCCGGCAGCGAGGGCCCGGCCGAGGGCGAGGGCCGCCUGGGCCGCUGCAUGCGGAGACUGCGCGACAUGGUGGAGAGGCCGCACUCGGGGCUGCCGGGCAAGGUGUUCGCCUGCCUCUCGGUGCUCUUCGUCACCGUCACGGCCGUCAACCUGUCCAUCAGCACCCUGCCCAGCCUGCGGGAGGAGGAGGAGCAGGGCCAGUGCUCGCAGAUGUGCCACAACGUCUUCAUCGUGGAGUCGGUGUGCGUGGGCUGGUUCUCCCUCGAGUUCCUCCUGCGGCUGAUCCAGGCGCCCAGCAAGUUCGCCUUCCUGCGGAGCCCGCUGACGCUCAUCGACUUGGUGGCCAUCCUGCCUUACUACAUCACCCUGCUGGUGGACGGCGCCGCCGCGGGCCGCCGCAAGUCGGGCGCGGGCAACAGCUACCUGGACAAGGUGGGGCUGGUGCUGCGGGUCCUGCGGGCGCUGCGCAUCCUGUACGUCAUGCGGCUGGCCCGCCACUCCCUGGGGCUGCAGACGCUGGGGCUCACGGCCCGCCGCUGCACCCGCGAGUUCGGGCUCUUACUGCUCUUCCUCUGCGUGGCCAUCGCCCUGUUUGCCCCCCUCCUCUACGUCAUCGAGAACGAGAUGGCCGACAGCCCCGAGUUCACCAGCAUCCCCGCCUGCUACUGGUGGGCUGUCAUCACCAUGACAACUGUGGGCUAUGGCGACAUGGUACCCAGGAGCACGCCGGGCCAGGUGGUGGCGCUCAGCAGCAUCCUCAGCGGCAUCCUCCUCAUGGCCUUCCCGGUGACCUCCAUCUUCCACACCUUCUCCCGCUCCUACCUGGAGCUCAAGCAGGAGCAGGAGAGGGUCAUGUUCCGGAGGGCCCAGUUCCUCAUCAAGACCAAGUCGCAGCUGAGCACCAUGUCCCACGAUAGCGACCUCUUGUUUGGAAGUGCGUCCUCGGACACCAGAGACAACAACUGAGCCCAGAGGACAGACCCCGUCGCCACCGCCAGGACACCCCCAGCUCUGCCUGCCCUCUGCGGCUUGAAGCUAUCGCCGUCACUACAAGAUGCCCUCAAAGGCGCCUGCUGCUCUGAGUGCGGUCCUGGCACAGGACCCACUGGAACCACACCCCGAGAAGGACGUCUGCAACAUCCGCAGAGGGGUCCCUACCCCUCCGCCUCCACGAGAGAAGCAGAAGCUGGUCAAGACCCCAGCACACAACAGCCCCC